AUGCGAUUUAUGUCCAAGGAGGACAUCUCAAUGUCAUCCUCAGACACCGGGGAGGACAGUGUUUUGAGGGAUCCAAAGGAGGACAACCCUCCCUACGGAGGACGUUCUGGCAUAAUAAGCAAUGCGAUGGAGAUCCGGAUGAGGACCCCCUCCUAUAUGCCGACGUCUAGCCAACAGCGAAGGAUACUUAAGCUGUUCGAGGACUGUAUCAAAUCCGGUGAAGGCUUUCGGUUCAAGAAGUCCUACUCUCCCGGCACCACAUCAUUAGAUCCCAUACCGUAUCGGUAUAUACCUGUAUAUACCGAUUACUAGAGUUAAGGCUUUUAUUGUGAUUUUUCAAUUAUAAUUUUUGUUUGCUUGUUUAGUUUUUGGUAAUUUAUAAUUAGUUUUAGC